CGCGCCCCUCACGCCAGCACUCAGAUAAUGCCGCUCACGGAGCUCCCUGAAGAACUUCUCAUCUCAAUCUUUCUCAAUCUACGUGCACUGUUGAUGAUCUGUAUCGCUGUAUCCGGGUCAGCAAACGAACCGCCGUCAUCAUACAAGGAUCCGCGCGCUUGCGAUUCCAUGCAUUGCUUGAUCUGUACGGACUUGACGACAACGCGGAAUGCAUCGCGGAUAUCAACGAGAAGAUGUCGGCCCUUAGAAGCCCUUCUUCUCCGCGAAGACGCGUAUCUGAACUUCAAGUAUCGCUUCGAGGAGAAUGCAGCGUCGGACGGAUACCCAAGCAUUUACGGUCUGUCCUCAGGGAGGUUCUUCAUGGGAAAUGAAGGUAGAUCCAUAGGCGUCAAAUCUGCGAAGCUUCCUACGGAGGCUGGCCAGCGAAUUACCUGGUCAGAGAUCUUUGUCGGGCAGUCCAUCUGCGACUUCGGCACCGCUGCAGAGGAACACGACCUCAUAGCAUUUGUGAUCAGCUCGCCGACACCCGAUGGUCUUUCGUGCGAUAUCGACGUUGCUUUGUAUCAACUCUCGGGCCAGCCCCACCUCGAAGCGCAGCGUCCGCGAAUUCACCUUUUGCGGGUGGCAGAGGGGUGGGGGCCACCGAGAGUUAGCGUCGAGAUUGUCGGUGACACGUUAGCGGUUAUCACCUACUACGCCUUGGACUCCGCAGCCAAUCGCCUGUUCCUCUUCUCCUGGAGAACGGGCGCGACGCUCAAUCCCGGAGGCCAGCCUGCGACAAACCUAGGUCUCUGCUUCUAACGCCCGAUCUCUUCCUGCACCCCAACAAGCAAUCCCUGUCUCUUGAGAUUUUCUGCGUGCCCACAGAACCAUCUGGUCCGGGCCUCGAGCUCGUCUGCGAGCUUUUCUACCCUGACUUCCACCCUGACGCGGAAAUUUAUAGCACGAUAUGCCGAGGGGACCCAAAUCCAUCCCUCGGCCAUGUCCACUAGCCGGGCGCCGCUGCGCAUCCCUUCCGCACUCGAGUCGAAGAUUCUGUCGUUCUUGUCCUCAUGACGUGGCGCCUUGACCGCGGUGAGGACGAGGAAGCCGAUGAGGAAGCCCUCUCCCUCGUGGUCCAUCGUUCGACCAUCCUGCGGCACGCGAGCCGCGGUGAGCCCGUGGUCCAUUGGAAGGAC